CAUACCACGUGACCAGGACACCUAGCAAUGCGUCAUUGGUUAUCCGAGCUCCGCAGUGGGCUCGAGUUUAUGCAUCUACAGCGCUGCCUAGCGCUGAUUGGCGCGGGCUCCUGACUCCAGCCCGCAUCAUACCGGCCACCCCCCAGCUGAUUCCUGUAGCUGGGGGCCGGCAUUAAUAGCUGACAUGUGGCGAUCGCUGCGGCCGGUUAUUAACCCUUUUGAUCGCCAGUGUCAAAGCUGACAGCGGCAUUUAAAGGUGCCUUUAUCCCAUCCCUGAUUGUCCGAGUCCCCCUAUUCCCUGCUCGCCUCGGUUGCACAUGGUAGCUCGGCGUGAUGCAGGUGACAGAAAGCUGACUGAAGACUCCAUUAGGUAAGUUCUUCUGACUGAGGUGAGUAUACAUUCCCUUUCUCCCUUAGGUGCAGACUUGCAACCUGUGGAGACCCUCAGUUUUUGGCCCACCUUUCAGGGUCUAAUAGGGCUGGCCUGGACAAGGGGCUUUAUCUUUAUUUCUGGGGUGAGCAGUGGCAUUUUUGGAUGAAGGGGCUCAGUUAUUCACAUGCACUUAAGUUAUGUGUGUGAAUGUGUGUGCUUUUACUUAUGCGGCUGAAAGCCGCAGUGUUUAUACUGUACGGGCGCACGAAGCGCCGACUUACUUUCACUUUCGGCAGCAGUCUGCUGCCGGCGAAUAUGAGUCUCGCCCGCUCACUUCCCCGCUAGCGCAUAUGCUGACGACAUGUGCGCUCGGGGCAAGGAGCGGGCGCCAUUACUGUGUUUCUUCUUCGGCACUUUGGCGGCUAGGGCACUUUAGCUCUGCCCACAGGACCGCCAGAGGUUACUGGAGGAGCGAAUUGUCCUCCAAUCAGCUCUGUGCAUGCGAUUAUAGGUGGCAGGGGCCAAUCAGCAGUGCUCCUGCUCCAGGCACGCCCCUCUUUGGCUACUGGCUGAUUUUUUUCUCCCUCUCUAUCUACACUAGAGCGGAGUUCUCCUCACAACAGCUGCCCUGGGGACACAGACUCGGGUGAGAGAGUUCUUUUUUUCAUUAUGUCCGUACCCAGAACUGUUCCUCCCUCUAAACAGACAACUGGAGCGUUAGUUUACCAUUUUGUCUGUAAGAGCUGUAAUUCCAAAAUGCCUGGUUCUGCUGAACCCACUUGCUUUGCCUGCUCCACUGCUCCCCCAGACCCCCUGGCACCCCCGGAUGCUCUUUCAGCCCCGGCGGAUUCGCCCGCCCCUCCAGCCUGGGUUUCUUCCCUAUCCCAGUAUAUGGCUGACUUGACUCGUCUCCCGUUCGUUGGCUGAGGCCUCCCGUCACGUGGUGACUGCCUUGAAGAGGUCUGCCCUGCGCCGGCCCUCUAAAGGGUCCCGCUCCUCUUCUCCAGAUGCUUCACGCUGUCACAAGCGUACUAGGGGUGCUUCUUCUGACUCUUCCAUUGAGUCUUCAAGUAGACAUGGGUGCUCCCCUCAUGGGUCCCGCCCCCCGUGUCAUCUGGUCACAAACAUCGCUCCUCCGCCACUUCCGAAUGGAAUCGCUCCGUUCAGUAGUGGUGACCAUGGAACAAGGGGAGUUUCUUUCUUCGGUGGACAUCAAGGAUGCCUACCUCCAUGUUCCAAUAUUUCCCGGCCAUCAGUGGUACCUCCGCUUUGCGGUUUCGGAGGGGCAUUUUCAAUUCGUGGCCCUCCCCUCUGGUCUGGCCACUGCUCCCCGGGUCUUUACCAAGAUCCUUGCGCCAGUGAUAGCUCUGUUGCGGUCGAGAGGAAUCUCAGUGAUCCCUUAUCUGGACGACCUUCUCAUCAAGGCUCCCACCAGUGUCCAGACUCUGGAGAGUGUGGAUCUCACUCUCCAGACCUUGGAUCGCUUCGGGUGGAUGGUCAACUGGGACAAGUCUUUCCUCUCUCCCACCCAGUCUCUCUGAUCUUCUUGGGACUUCAAUUUAACACAGCCUCUGGCCGGAUUUGCUGGACAAACGUCUGACUCUCCUGUCAGGAGUCCGCUCCCUUCGGGCCCAGGUCCCAGUUUCCAUCCGCAAUUGCAUGGAAGUCUUGGGUCGGAUGGUAGCGGCCAUGGAGGCCGUACCUUUUGCCCAAUUUAAUUACUGCACCCUUUAACUGGCGAUUCUCUCACGAUGGGACAGAUCCCCUCUGUCUCUCGAUCGCAAGAUUUCUCUCCCUCGUCGGAUCCAUCAGUCUUUGCUCUGGGGGCUCCGCUCCCCCCUUCUUCUUCAGGGGAAGUCAUUUCUUCCCCUCCCCUGGCAGGUGGUUACAACAGAUGCCAGUCUGUCGUGCUAGGGCGGUGUGUUCAGGGACUGGACAGUUCAAGGCCUCUGGUCUCCCCGGGAAGCCCUUCUUCCGAUAAACAUCUUGGAACUGAGGGCGAUUCAUCUUUGUCUUCUUCAAUGGGAGUCCCUGCUUCAGACCCGCCCUGUCCGCGUCCAGUCGGACAACGCCACGGCUGUAGCUUACAUCAAUCGGCAAGGCAGCACUCGCAGCUCGGCAGCCAUGGCCAAGGUGACAAAGAUUCUCCUCUGGGCGGAAAACAAGGUUCCGGCCAUUUCAGCGAUUCCCAUUCCGGGUGUGCUCAACUGGGAAGCGGACUUCCUCAGCCGUUCCUCAGCCGACCCCGGCGAGUGGUCUCUACAUCCGGAGGUCUUCGCGCAGAUCUGCGACCUCUGGGGCAUUCCAGACGUGGACCUCUUUGUUUCUCAGCACAAUCGGAAGAUUCUUCCAUUUGUGUCAAAGUCCCGGGACCCCCUGGCUCUAGCCGUGGAUGCCCUAGUGAUUCCUUGGGCGGGGUUUGCCCUGCCCUAUCUGUUCCCUCCCCUUCUGCUCCUUCCCAGGGUUCUGAUGAAGCUCAAAGCGGAGGAUGUUCCCACCAUACUGGUAGCUCCAGAUUGGCCCCGAAGGACGUGGUACGCCGACGUGGUCAGGCUCCUGGACGACGCUCCAUUGCGCCUUCCACUUCGUCCGGACCUGCUGUCUCAGGGUCCUCUUUGCCACCCCAAUUUACAGUCGCUGCAUUUGGCGGCGUGGUGGUUGAGACCGCGGUUUUGAGAGCCUGUGGUUUCUCUUCCCAAGUCAUUCGCACCAUGCUCAGGGCUCGUAAGCCCUCCUUGCCGAAAAUUUACCACCGUACCUGGCGGUCUUAUUUUCGUUGGUGUGAAGCUCAGGUCUUGUCUCCUGUUACUUUUUUCGUUCCCCAUCUUUUCUCCUUCUUGUAGUCGGGAUUGGAACUGGGGUUGUCUCUCAGUUCCCUUAAGGGUCAGGUUUCGGCCUUUUCUAUUCUUUUUCAGCGUCCUCUAGCUUCUAAUUCUCAUGUCCGGACCUUCCUUUAAGGAAUGGCGCACGCUGCCCCUCCUUAUCGGUCACCUUCUCCCUCUUGGGACUUAAACCUGGUUCUGGGUGUCCUCCAAGGUGCCCCCUUUGAAGCCCUUAGGGAGGUGUCCCUGCGCCUCCUUUCUUGGAAAGUGGCGUUUCCUGUUGCUGUCACCUCCGUUCGGAGAGUGUCUGAAUUGGCAGCUCUCUCCUGUCGUUCUCCGUUUCUGGUGAUUCACCAGGACACGGUUGUCUUCCGGCCAGAUCCUUCCUUUUUGCCUAAAGUCGUUUCUGCCUUUCAUCUCAAUGAGGACAUUGUCCCUCCGUCCUUUUGUCCCGCUCCUUCUUAUCCUAAGGAGUGUUUGCUCCAUUAACUGGAUGUGGUUCGGGCUGUUAGGUCCUACCUCUCUAUCACUUCUUUUCGUCAGUGCGAUUCCUUUUUCGUCCUUACGGAAGUGCUGCAGGUGGCAGUGGAACAGCCGUCUGCCUGACUAUCUGCCCGCCCAAGGGAUGGCUUUGGUAAGUCCCAUGGUCUGUGUCCCCCAAUGGAGCCGAUAGAGGAAAGGAGAUUUUUUUAUGCUUACCGUAAAAUCUCUUUCUCCAAGGAUCCAUUGGGGGACACAGCUCCCGCCCUUUUUGGGUUCCUCUUAGGUUCUCUGUCCGAGGGUGUGUUCAGUUAUACUUUUUCUUCUGGUUCCCGGACAGUUUGUGUUUUUUCCUUGACGUGUCGGUCCCCUUCUAUUGCUCUGUAACUAAAACUGAUUAGCUCAGUGCCUGGAGGUGGGUAUAUCCUGCUGGGAGGAGCCGACUUUUUUUGUUGCCAUAGUGUCAUACCUCCUAGAGACAGCAGCAUACAUCCAUGGUCUGUGUCCCCCAAUGGAUCCUUCGAGAAAGAGAUUUUACGGUAAGCAUUAAAAAAAUCUCUUUUUCGGGACUUAUUUCCAGCUGGAAUUUUUUUUUUUUAAGAAUAAAAUUUAAUUGAACCAUAAUUGAACAUAUUUGAAAUGUAAUUGAACCAUAAAAUUGGAAUUCCUCCAUAAACAUUUACUUAAACGGGUACUCCCGUGGAAA